UCGGUGGGCUAUGAUCAUCUCUCAAUUUCGCACUUCUCCCCUUCUUCUUUCCCCCCCUUUAGCUUCCUGGCAGGUCUCCAAAGUGCUUUGCUUAUCACUCUUCUAACUAUCUGUUCAUCGCGACUACUAUUGAUAUCCGGUAUUUCUUUCACCUCCCCACCAGAUUGUGGCUUAUCUGUCGAGAACAGCAUCAAAAUCCUCGGUUUAAUUUCAUCUGUACUUGAUUCUUGGCUGGUCCUGGUCUCGACGAUACCUAAACCGUCUAAUACCUUAAUUCUGCGACUUGGGUCUUGCCCCGCCUGUCUCAAGGUCGCACACCCCUCUGUCGCCGUUCAACUGUUGGGACCCGUUUUGUGA